GCUGCACCGUGGGUGAAGCAGAGGCUGUGUUUGGAUUAGGGGGUUGGGCUGCCUGCUGGUAGGAGACCUGCCGCCAGACAUCCCGUUUGUGUACGGCGGCGCAGCGUCGCUUUCCCGCAGCAUCAGCAGCAGCAGCACCGCAGCACAGCCUCCAGCCUCACCUGCCUCCUCAUCGGCGCCUCCUCUCCUCCUCCUCUGUCCAGACACAAACACUGCCGCAGCACCCACGGAACGGACGGAACAAGGACGAGCAGCUGAGCAGUCUUCGGGGAAAUAAGGGGAAUACAUAUAAGGUCGGUGAAAGAUGGUGAAACUGGGGAGUAAUCUUCAAGACAAAGGGGCCAAAGCUGUGAGUGUGGAGGACGGCUUUCAGAAUGUGCCCCUCAUCACUCCUCUGGAUGUUGGCAGCCUCCAGAGCCAAGCACCUGACAAGGUGGUGGUGAAAACUCGGACGGAGUACCAGACAGAGAAGAAGAGGCUGAAGGUCCCCAAGGUGGAGGAGUUCACCAUCAGCUUUACUGAUGGUGUGUCUGAGAGACUCAAGGUUACCAUCCUGAUCAUCCUGGCCCUGGCCUUCCUUGCGUGCAUUGUGUUCCUGGUGGUUUAUAAAGCCUUCACCUAUGACCAUGCCUGCCCAGAUGGAUUUAUUUACAAGCACAAGCGGUGUAUCCCAGCGUCCCUGGAGGCCUACUACGCUGCCCAAGACGCCAACUCCAGGGGCCGUUUCUACACAGUGAUCAGCCACUACAGCAUGGCCAAGCAGACCACCUCGCACUCUGUCUCCCCCUGGCUGCCUGGAGGAGCAGGCGGGCAGCAGCAUGACGCAAAACCCCCCAGCGGCGAAGGGCACUGAGUUAGCUACGAAAGCUAAGCAGUGUUGUAAACCCAUGCAGACACAUUAAACAGACAUAUGUAGACACAAACACAGAAACAUUUAGGUUAAGAUGUAGAAGAUUAAACAAAAGAGACGCACAUGGACACAACAGAUACAUGUAAAAUGCCAGUAUAGAGUGAAAACAUGCAUGCAGACAUAAAAACACACAAAUAUGUUAGUUCACAUUCUGAUUUACCUGAUCCGCCCAUUUACUGUAUGUGCUCACUCUCUAAAGGGACAUUUCUCAUUGAUCUUUAAGUCGAUUGGGAUUCUCAUCGUCUGCCGAUACUCACUUUCUCCCACACACACGUACACCAUCUCUCCUCCCUCCCUCUAAUUUAUUAUUCAACUGUCAUGAUAUAUUUAUUUUUUACUGUAAUGUAUGGAUGUUUUGUAUGUGAUUAACAGGCAACUCUUUGUACAAAGGCACGAGUCAAUGCUGAAUUUCACACCCCCUCUUUGUGAGAUUCUCUGGAGUUUGGAGUCAUUUUGUGUAUAUUGUAGUUACUGUAUAUUCACUCACAGCUCUUCUGCGUCUUUUUUUUCUGCCUUUAUUGUCCGAGCUAUUGCACCUCACAUUUCCAUUUUCCCGUCGUACUGUUUAAAAAAGGUCUAAUAUUCAACAUCUGCAUCAUGUCCAGUUGAUUGAUUUUUUUCCAUUAUGGCUGUUUGAUAGCUCAUAUACAGUGACAUUUUCAAUGUGCUGUGUUACAGUUUAAAUCAACAACCCCCCCUUCCAGUGACCCGAGCUGUACAUAGAACUUCAGGCUAGUUUUUUGUGUGUAUGCUUUGUAGUAGCUUUCAUUAGGAGUUUUUUUUUUUUCUCCCUCAGAGCAACUAUUUCUUCACGUGAGUUCCUUGUAUUUUGCUUCAGCUGGCAGUCUUGUAGCUCCAGUACGUAUACAGAGGUGGCCUGACUGAGCAGGUUAAAAAACAAACGUUGCAGGUGGAAAAAAGAAAUAUCGUGCAUAUCACCGUCUUUUGCCAAAACUCUUACUUUUUGCCGUGUUUUGUUCUGUUUGUAGAUGGGCUUCCUCUGCAGCAGACUUUAAUACCUGUACUGUUAUUAUUUGAUUUUGUAACAUUUGAUCUGUUGUCAAGAGCGCUUUUAUGAGAUAUUGUGAUGUUGUUAGUUGAUAUGUAGCGAUACCUGGUGUAAUUUAUCAGUGUGCAUCCCUGUCCCCUGUUCUCUUGGUUUGAAUUCCAAAUAAAACAAGCUGUGACCUGUG